GACGUGUCGUCACCGAUGGCGCUCGCUCGCUGUCCCCCUCGUCUGCAGACAGUUUACAGGAAGUUGAUGGAAAAGCAGACGAAAAGAGAGGACUGAAGUCGAAUCGUCACGUGACACUAGCGCGGGGGCAAACUUUUCCACUCCAAAAUCUUCACGCCGCCUGUGACACAUUCAGGGACACGCGAAAAUAGAGAUGAAAAAAAGGGACGAGUUGUCGAUUUGAGUAUUUUGUGAGGAUGGCUCUUUUGUUUAGUCACGCCCAUGCACUUGUUUGUCCACCAUGAGUUGAAAUGCAAAGAGGGAUAAGUAUAUUACAAAUAAUGAAUCAAGCAAACCGAGUUCCAGUAAGGACAUUCAGACAUUUUAACUUUGGAUUGGAUUUUGGAAUAAACGAGGACGAGUCAGGCUCAUUUUGAAGAGGCGAUUUUAUGCUCGAAUGAAGUUUCUUCUCCCAUUGUUUGCAAGAUCACCGAAGGCGUCUUGUAACUGUGAUACGUUCAGGUGCAUAUCUAAACAAAUACACACAAAGAUAGUAAGUCAGUAUUAUGAUUCAUCUUCGUGUUCUUCAGAUGUCAAAACUCCAAAUCGCCACGAAAUAGAUUUUUGUAUAGUAAGAAGCAAUUACUGUUGUGUUCUGGAUUUUAUAUUUUAUUUAACUCGGAAAGAAUGGACACCUGCUUCAUGAGUUGGGAUCUCCUUAGUGUCAGCGAAGGCAGCACCGGUGAAACGACGUGAGAGUAGCGUGAAAGAGGAACCGGGUGAUAACAUUAAAAUACAUCGUGAUCACGUGACUAGUCAAAAAUUACACAGGGAUUUUUUUUUUGAUGGAUUAAAAAAGGGAACUACGACACAUUCUUGUCCCCGAUGUUUCAGCCUGAGCCUAUUAUAAUUUGUGAGGCUUUCAGGGACACAUGCAUGUCGGGAUGUAAUUCACGCCGUUCGUUUUGUAACUCCAAAUAGUGUUUUUUACAACGCGCCAGUCAACGCAAGUGAGUUUAAAUAAUGUCAGCAUGUAAUGUGUGUUUGCUUUAUGUUGAAGUUGUACGUGCGAGUUGAGCGUUUCGUUCAUUCGCCUUGUAGAGAGUGAAAACUCCCUAUUGCCAGUGAAGGCAGCACCAGUGAAACGACAGAGGAACAACAGUGAGUAGAGUGAGAGGAACCUCACUCUGCUGCACCACGAGAAGACAGGAAUGCGACUGAGAUAGUAAUAACAUCAACAUUACACGUGAUAACAUUUUUUAUUUGGUCAACCUGUACCUUGGCUGGCUGCCAGAGGCAACUCUUUAAGAGUCAACUGGUCUGCUUCUUAUCUCUCUGGAACCUGGACUCUGCUUUUAGAGAAGUGCACCGGUCUUUUUUUGUGUGUGCGCGACUGUAUUGAGCUCAGCGGCGCAUAAAAUGGUGGACAAACCUUGUGGGACGUACUCAAAGAUGGAAUGAGGAGCACAUACAUCUGCGUCCAAAACAAUGAAUAUGAUUCAUUUAAGCUGUGUGGGACCACAAUGAAGAUGGACCAGUGUUGUUUACGGUGACUGGACAGCGGCUGCAUUAAUCUCUGUGGAUGCUACAAUAAUUUAAUUCGACCAGAUUGUUGACUACACACGGUAUCUCUAAAUGUGUCUCUGUAGAUAGCAGUAGUUUCACUUUAGCGGGGUGUACAAGAUCCAGGUAAACUGUGCAUGAUGAGUUCCGGUGAGCGUGUGGAGAUGAUGGAGGUGGAGAACCAGAAGGAGAAGCUGGCCACUGACAAAGCCAAACAUGGAAACGGCUCGGUUGGAGAAGAAAAACUGCAGGAGUCGUUUGACUGCAACAUCUGCGGACGUAGCUUCCCUUUCCUCAGUUCUUUGUCGCAGCACAUGAGACGACACACAGGUGUGCGACCGUACAAAUGUCCUUACUGCGACCACAGGGCCUCUCAGAAAGGCAACCUCAAAGUUCACAUCCGGAGUCACAAAUUGGGGACACUCUCCACCUACCACAGCAAUGAAGACGAUGAGGGAGGCGCUGAUGAGGUGGAGAUGAAAGUUUCGGAAGGUCUCGAUGGAGGAACAAGUCCGACCAAAAGUAGCUCGGCUUGCAACAGGAUGAUUGGCGGAGACAGUGGAGAGGAGACCCGCAGAAAAGUGCCUGUGAGGAGCAUGAAAAGAGAGAAGUCUGCCGGAGACCAGCGUCCUUUUUGUUGCCGCCUCUGUGGGUUUGAAGCCCAGCGGGAAGACCAGUUGCUCAGCCAUAUUGAAAAGGUCCACAUCACUGCCGACGCAGAAGACGAACCCAUUGUGAAGGAUGAGGCCGUCGCCGAAUCGGACCCAAUCCAGCCACAGAACGAUGGGACCUUUCCGUGUGAGACGUGCGGGCAAGUCUUCUCUCAAGCCUGGUUCCUCAAAUCCCACAUGAAAAAACAUGCAGGCAUUCUUGACCACAACUGCCGGAUUUGCGGGCGGCGGUUUCGCGAAGCUUGGUUUUUGAAAUCCCAUAUGAAAACACACAACACCAGAUCCAGGUCAAGGACAAAAUCAGAAUAUGCCGAGCUUCCAGUGACUAUCAAUGAUGUAGCCCAGGAUCCCGAAAUGACUACCACCACUAAUACGUCUGUGUAUCAGAUGUGCAGCAAAUGUGGAAACUUGUUUCACAGUAAAGAGAGUCUGAGGGCUCAUGAUAAAGUCCACAGCCUCAACAAUGGAAGAAAGUCCAAGAAUGAGGUCCAAAUUAAGGAUGAUGAGGACACACCUGCUGCUAAACGACGUUUACUCGACUACCUAAACCUUCAGCCCAUUGAAGAGAAGAUGGAGGAGGAAGAUGGGGGAGAGAAGAAGCUGCUGGGGAAAAGAAUCCCAGAGCUUGACCCGCUAUGCAGUUACCAGGCCUGGCAUUUGGCGACUAAAGGAAAAGUUGUGGAGCCUGUGGAGACCAGCCACAAAUAUUCAGAAAAAGAUGGUUAUGGGGAGGAGGAUCUUACCGGAGCUGCUGUCGUGUUUGAGAAGGAAAGCAGUCAAUAUGUCAUACAGGGUCAAGAGAAACGUGGGUCAGGCCGGCGCAGCAGCUCUGGCUUGGGGAGCCAGGCGUCCUCCGGCGAUCGCACCCCAGACAGCCUCAGCGACUCGGAAUACAGACCGUCGUCUCGCCAGGACCGGAGACGAUCCCAAUCUCAAGUGCCCAACAAAUCCAACGAGUGUUUUGAGUGCGGGAAGGUGUUCCGCAGUCGACACCAGAUGAUUGUUCACCAGCGGGUCCACAGGAAGGAGGAGAGCAGAGCGUCAGCCGUGGACAAAGAGGGAAUGGCUAGAAACGACCAGUGGGGGUCCACCAGCGAUCUCGAGUCCGGCUCACCAAGUCGACCAAGCACUCCAGGGUAUGGAGACUCUCCACCAGCAUCGACGCUGCGGGACCAGGCAUCUGAGAUGGGAACUGCUAACUCAGGGGAGCCAGUGGCAGAUGUGAAGCCUUACGUCUGCAGUCAGUGCAACUUUGUGACCAGCGAGUCGCAGGUCUACCUGACCCACGUCAGAGUUCAACAUCCAACUGCUGCUGAAAGCUCUGACCCCUGCUUAAAGAGAGGGGCACCCUGUGGGUAUCCCAAAUUGAAGAUGGCCCUUCUCCAGGGUCUGAAAAGCUCUCCACCCCACUCAGAGUGCCCCUCGUCUCAGACUUCGGCACUGGAUCCCAGCAUGACACCGGUGGACUUGUGUGUCAGGGCUGAGGGCUACAGGGGCACAGCCUUUGCAGCCGUUGAGGAGAAGUUCAUCCCCAAGCACAAGUGCUCCCUCUGUGCCCACUCCACCCACUACCCCGAGGUGCUGUGGAUGCACCAGACCAUCGCUCACAGGAUCAACAGCAGCAGCUCCAAUUUGGCACCUAAGUGGGCCCUGAAAAGUAUCCCAAAGGGUUUGAAAGACCGCCGACGUACUGGUCCCCCUCCAGUUCUAGAGGGUAAAGAGUGUCCACCGCUGCCACAAGUAAAGCGUGUCCAACGUACACGACCCCCCAGUUCCACCAGCGAGGUGGCAAAGAGAACCAAGCAGCACACAGCUACACAGUCCUCAUCCUCGAGUGCUUCGUCCUCCAGAGGACCCCCAUCAGCUCCACAACCGCUUAGAACGCCAGCCCGACCUGGCAGCAGUGGCAGACAAAUGGAGGUCCAGAGUCCUCGCUUUAAGUCUAAGUUAGAUCACUGCCCUCAAGGGGCAGCGUCAUCCGCCUCCGAGAGGAAGACCGGUGCCCAGUCCCGGCCCGCGGUGUCCAGCCCCAGCUCUGCGGCAGCUGCCAAGAUCUCUGACCGAUACUUGAUGCCUCAGGAAGGCCUGGGAUUCAUGCUCUCCAGCCAGCGUAAUCUACCAGAAUACAGCCGAGCCAAGGGCUCCCCUAACCCCGGCUCCCACGCCAGCGCCUCCAAGCCCAGCACCAUCAACCAGAGCUCCACAGCUGGGCACGGUUACAGAGCCUACCACAGCAGCAUGCUGCAUAAUUCCCUGUCUUCGUUGCUGUCGGAGCCACAUGCAGAGGUGAAGCCGGAGCCAGUUGGAGAGACGCCGGACAUGCCACCAGACAUCCUCAGCUUUCUUAAGAAUUACACCCCCCACGAAUUGGCGGCACUCUACCACCGCUGGGGGCCGGCGAACGCACUGCUGGAUCCAACAGGGAUGCUGAGGUACAUGCGGCAGGGGCAGCACUUCUGUCCCGAGUGCGGGAAGAGUUUCAGCCAGCCCAGCCACCUGCGGACCCACAUGAGAUCCCACACAGGGGAGAGGCCUUUCUGCUGCCAGCUCUGCCCAUACAGAGCCUCUCAGAAAGGGAACCUAAAGACGCACGUGCAGAGCGUCCACCACAUGCCUUUUGACAACAGCCAGUAUCCCGACACCCGGACUCUGUUCGCCAGCCUGGACGAGCACGGCACGCUGGCUCCAGCUCAGCUGCCACAUCAGGAUCCUGAAUGAAGAAAUGGACUCAAGAAGUCUCUCUCCCUCUGAUGAACCUGUGGUGUAAUGGAAUGGUUUGAGCGACCGUUAAAUUCAAACAUUUUUUCCUUUUGUUUCUUCAUGUUGUCACAGUGGACCUCAGGUUCCCGCUACUGUGUUUCACCCCGACCGUGUUAGCCAUGUUAGCAUGGGGACCGCUGUAUUGCCUUUUUAUUUUCUGACUCGCUGCAACAGCUUUCUGGACGUAACGACAAAAGAGUUGAAGAGAACGUGGAUACCACAGGUGAACGCCAGGAAUAGAUUUAUUUUUAAAGAUAUCGAGACUUCAGAGCUCUUUAGCGCAACCCCUGUAUGUAGCGCUAUGGGCAAUAGAACCGCCCGAAACGGAUUGUGAAAAAGUUGAGGUCGCAAAAUCAUGUUUUUCACAUCUUGCAAAUGUUAAAAUUACUACUUGUUUUGGGCUCCUCCAGUAGCGAAUCUGCUUUGCUUUACAAAAUAAAUAAACAAAAAAAGAAAAUGUUAGGCAAACCAUUUUUGAGACGUUAGUAGUUACCCAGGGAUAGUUUUUUCACCACCAUCAGCUGAAAUAAAAAACAUAAUUUUUAGUUGAGCAGUGAACUGUAGAGUGGCAACGUUUAGAUUAACAGACUCUAUCCAUGCUAAAAAGUCCAAAUAAAUCUCAUCAAAUUCUGUGAGAAGUAGGGACCCUGUCACUUGAAGGAAACUUGUCUUUGGCAGAACAUGUAACCAUCACGCUGUGGUACGUAAAACUGCAGGAUGGACAUGAACUAUGGUUUUCACUUACAAAAUUAUACAUCUGUUAAAAAACUUCAAACCUGUAAUAAUGUUUUGAUAAUGAAAUGAGUGAACAUUUGGCCGAAGAAAACAAUUUGAAUAUGUGGUGAAAACGGUCAACAAAAAAGUUUGGAGCAUUUUAAAUACAUUUUAAAACAGCGCAAAUGAAAUGACCUGAAACUGAAGAUUGUCACCCACAUCCUGCUUUAGCACUUGGUGAACCUGGUUGAAGUCAGUAGCACUGUCUCGGUAGCAGAACUCUGUUUCAAAGGUUUGCCGGAGAAAAGUGAUGGAUUUAUUAUUUGUCAUGUGACAAGACGCCCUAUUUUUUCUUUGAAUAUUCUGGUCAUCACCAUCAAUGAUUUUUGACCCCGGCGGCCAAGUGGUGUCGCAGGCUGACAGUGGUUUUUAAACAUCUCGAAUUCGCCUCAGAAUUGACUCCUGUGAUAACAGCGAUUCAUGAAGAAUGAAUCACUCCCCGCUGUAAAAAGUGACGUCUUGGACGUUUUCCUUCUGCCUGACGAGUCGUAAAAAUGAAGGGUUGCACUCAUCGGUGUUGCUGCGAGUGCGUUAAACUCAUUUAUCCUCAACUCUAAAGUGUAAUGUUAGUGCUGACCACUCCGAGGAUGAGAAGACGAUGAUUAGAAAGAGAGAGGGAGAGAGAGAGAGAGAGUGCUAAUGGGGGUGUCUGCUCUAGUGCUCAUUAAAAAGAGUGUGCGCUUUUAAUAGCUCAUAUAAAUGACCGUAGCGCUUUUAUGGUUGUUCAAUUAUUGUCCAUUUAAGAGGACUGGACUGAGUGAAGGCAGUCGCUUCUGUCACUUAUUAGUGUGUGUUUCCCGAUGAAGUCGACUUUGAUUUGGCUGCGAAUGUGGGAAUACUGUGGGUCGGCAAAGACUUUCCAAAGACGGAGAGUCGGCGUCAGUUUUGCUUGUAAAUACUUGAAUUGUGCGUUUUCUUUUUGGAACGGAUUAGUGUCCAUGGAUCCCCACUCUAUACUGUAUGUAUGUGUGCAUACACAGGUGUGUAUUUGGACAACGUUUUACGGGACCCUGUCGAACCGCGGAGCUGCCGCAGCCUUAACGCUGAUGCAUGACAACUUCAUGAAUGACAUACUUGUGUUUCCCUUUUUUUUGUGCCUACCUCCUCUGCCUGUUUUAACAUUGCUGUUCUGUUUUCCGAGAUAUGAUUCCUCAACAACCCCUUAAAAUGUCUGUACACAAUAUGCUUAAAGAUAAAAAAAAAAAAAAGCUCAUUUACAUUUUUCUAGAAUCCAUAUACAUGCAAAUGAAAGAGCAUAAAGAGUACUGUACAUCUCUAUUUUGAGACCUUUUACAUGAUGAAAUGGUUUGAAUACCAGUUGAGUUAUGCAUACAAUAUGUGUGCUUGAAAUUGCCUAUUAAUACACGGCGGUGUAUUCGGAAGGUCGAGUGAAAAAUACUUGAAAUGAAUAAUCUAGCCUUGGAGGUUGUGUAGUACUAAUAACCUUGUUGUACAGAAUUUCCCUUUAAGAGUGACUCCGAAGUGUGACUUAGAGAAAGCAGGAGCCUGUGCGUGUGUGUGUGUAACAUAAGGGUCGUGUCUAUAUCCUACUCUUACCAAACCCUUUAUAUACAGCAGUAGAAACCAAAUGGCAUUACUAGUGCACUUAGACUAGGUUACUGCUUUAACUGUCGUAAUUUGUUAAAGUUCAGCGGAGGGUGAUAUUUUUUCGGAGAAUGUGCCAGAUCAAACACUUGGACGGAGUUUCUGGUUUUAGAGUCGAUAGGUCUUUAGCUGCAGCAGUGCUUAUUUUGCGUAGUUCCUUUACUAAAUUUAUUCUUUAGCUUGUGGCGGCAAAGUGUUGUUUAUGUUCCUCUUUGGUGACUAGUUUGAAGUUGUACGCUUUUUUUUUUUUUUUCAUUUGAGAUCAAUGUAGACAUUAUUAUAAUUUCAAAUGUGAUUGGUUGAUAUCUGUAUUUAUUAUCACUUGGUUUGUUCAGUUUGAUUUUUCUGGGAUGUUUUUUGUUUUGUUUUGUUUUCCUUUUGUUUUUAUACCGUGUAGUUUUAAGCCAGCAAGCUGAUGUGAAAGCUCUACCUCGUCUGAGCCAUUCUCAGUUCUGUUACACUUUUGUACAUCAUUUCAAACAGAUGUAAUGUCAUGUCCACAAUAAAG